GUUGCCCUCAUCUGCCCCAGGCUCCUGUUCUCUGGUGUUCCCCCACUGGCUGUCUCCGCGCUGCCGCUACUGUACCCCGGCCGUGUCGACCCCGGAGCUCCCCGGCUGCACAGCUCUGCGUGGGCAGCUCGGCCGUUUAUGCUCGAUUUCCCCACACCAAAAACAUUUCAGGCGUUCUGUGGUGGCAAAAACGGUGUAGCUGUUGUCGCCAUCCUUGCACUUGAAAUUUAUAUCCAGUGUUUGGUCACGGUUGUUUAGAAACAUGUAAACAUGUCUGCGGAAAGACAGGACGUGUUUCACCGCAGAGUUCUUGCAGCCGAGUGAUAUCCGUCAUGGGGCUGGCAAACUUUCCGAAGCAGCCCAGCUCCUUCAUGAUCAGCUCGUCUUUUAUAAAAGGGGGCAUUUUGGAAAUGACCACUUGAGUCGCAGGGACAGAUAGAGGGGUAACGGUUAGCAUGACAACUUUUAGCCAUAUUUCAUUUUCAAUUAGUGUAUUGACAAAUCUUUCCUUUUUUAGGAAGACCACCACCGCUUUGUUCAUUCAGGAGGCAGAGUAGAUGUUUUCACACCUGACCUGCUCUCCCACCACUAGCAGAACCUCUUCCACCUGUUCUCCAUUCUCCGGCACACACCUGACGCCAUGGCGGAGAGACUGCGUCUCCCCUCCGGCCUCAGAGGCCAUGGCAUCCCGCUCACUCUCACCCACUCUCAACUUUUACCAGUCACUGAUAGUCACAUAACUUACACAUUCAAUAAUUAAAUAAAAGAAAAACAAAAAAGACAAACUUGUUAAAAACUUUGGCAAGGUACCACGCUCACUCCUCCACCACACAUGCGCAGAGAGAGGGAGAGGGAGAGACAGAGAGAGAGAGAGAGAGAGUACUCGUGCUCUGGAAUGAAGGCUGCUUGCUCUGACUUGCCCUUGUGGAGAGUGUGCACUCUGGUGUACUGAAGGCCCCACACACACACGCACAAACACACAGAGGUUGGUUGGAGCACUGCAGUGAGGGUAAGCUCUCCCUCUCUCUCUCUCCGUGUUCAGUAUAUGCUCUCUAGUUAACGUUUGCGUGACUUGUGAGGUCUGAAGUGGACGUUUAACACUGAGGUUGCCCUGUGAAUCCCUGUGACUGUGUGUGUGUGUGUGUGUGUGUGUGUGUGUGUGUGUGUGUGUGUGAGUGUGAUGUGUGAUAACGGAGAGUUGGAGGAUAAACCCCCCGCCCCCCCGGUCAGGAUGAGCAGCAGUAGUAAAGAUGGCGUCCCAAAACCACUGCCCUCUGUCCCUGAGGAGAAAAAAACACGCAAAGGCAUCUACUCCAUCUUCUCCGCCGAGAAAGUAGGGAAGCGUAAGGAUAAGGAUAAGGAGAGGCCAGAGAUUUCACAUCCCUCAGAUUUUGAGCACACUAUUCACGUAGGGUUUGAUGCCGUGACGGGCGAGUUCACCGGAAUGCCGGAGCAGUGGGCGCGGCUCCUCCAGACCUCCAACAUCACCAAGUCGGAGCAGAAGAAGAACCCACAGGCCGUCCUCGAUGUGCUCAAGUUCUAUGACUCAACCGGAAACGGGAAGCAGAAAUACCUCAGCUUCACAGAUAAGGAUGCUCCCCCGGUGAAGAAGGGCUCAGAGCCGGUACCUGGUGGUGUUAAAGAUGAUGAUGAUGAUGAUGAUGAAGCUCCACCCCCUGUGGUGGCUCCUCGACCUGAACACACUAUAUCAGUUCUCACUCGUCCAUCGAUGAUCGACCCUCUGCCUCCUCCAGAUGCCUCCAAAUCUGCAGAUAAACAGAAGAAAGGAAAAGGAAAGAUGACUGAUGAGGAGAUUAUGGAUAAACUGAGGACGAUAGUGAGCAUCGGAGACCCAAAGAAGAAAUACACACGAUACGAGAAAAUCGGACAGGGUGCGUCGGGUACUGUGUUUACUGCCAUCGACGUCGCUACAGGACAGGAGGUGGCUAUAAAGCAGAUUAACUUGCAGAAGCAGCCGAAGAAGGAACUGAUCAUUAAUGAGAUCCUGGUGAUGAAAGAGAUGAGGAACCCCAACAUCGUCAACUUCUUAGACAGUUUCCUGGUGGGGGAGGAGCUGUUUGUGGUGAUGGAGUAUUUAGCCGGUGGUUCGCUGACUGAUGUCGUUACGGAGACAUGUAUGGAUGAAGCUCAGAUCGCUGCUGUGUGCCGAGAGUGUCUGCAGGCGCUGGAGUUCCUGCACGCUAAUCAGGUGAUUCACCGCGACAUCAAGAGCGACAACGUGCUGCUGGGCAUGGACGGCUCUGUUAAACUCACGGAUUUUGGGUUCUGCGCUCAGAUCACUCCAGAGCAGAGUAAGCGCAGUACGAUGGUGGGAACGCCGUACUGGAUGGCCCCUGAGGUUGUGACCCGCAAAGCGUACGGACCAAAAGUGGACAUCUGGUCUCUGGGCAUCAUGGCUAUAGAGAUGGUGGAGGGAGAACCACCAUACCUCAAUGAGAACCCACUGAGGGCCCUGUACCUCAUCGCCACUAACGGAACU